UACGUCUGUCUUGCGUCAUCAAUCCGCGCUAAGGGCACGUUGGGCCCGCUUCGCUCAAGGGGGUCGUUGCUUUGUUGUCGCCGACAAUGAGCUGCGCCCGGUGGGUGGCGUCUGGCUGCGGGUGGCGGCUGUGCUCCGGUGCCCCGCGACCCCUCUCAGCUUAUGGAAGAAGAAUCAGUGUCAGAUUUUGCAGCUCAAGAAUGACUUUAGACAGUAUCAAUCGGGCAGCUGUGGAUCGAAUUAUCCGUGUGGAUCAUGCAGGUGAAUAUGGAGCAAACCGCAUCUAUGCAGGGCAGAUGGCUGUCCUGGGUCGCACAAGUGUCGGGCCAGUCAUUCAGAAAAUGUGGGAUCAAGAAAAGGACCACUUGAAAAAGUUCAGUGAACUGAUGGUUGCAUUCAGGGUCCGGCCGACGAUUCUGAUGCCCUUUUGGAACGUGGUGGGGUUUGCGUUAGGCGCAGGAACCGCCCUGCUUGGGAGGGAAGGAGCGAUGGCCUGCACUGUGGCCGUGGAAGAGUCCAUAGCACAUCACUACAACAACCAGAUCAGGACAUUGAUGGAGGAGGAUCCUGAAAAAUAUGAGGAGCUUCUUCAGGUGAUAAGGAAGGGUGCUGCUAACAAUGUUAAGUGUUUAUUAGGGGAAGAGAUCUUGUCUGAAGAAAAAUCUGCAGUUUUUCUAUGAAAUGCCAUUAGUUAAAACAGACUAAAGUAGAGGA